GCAGUAAAAGUGACAGAAUAUGAUAACAAUAGUUGUAAAGAAUUCUACAAAAGGUUUUAUACUGAAAUUACUAGUAAUAAGGAUCCUUAUUUUGCUGUUUAUGAUUUUGAUUAUGAAAAGCCUGGUGAAGGUCGUCAAAAUAAGAUUAUAUUUAUUUCUUGGAUUCCUGCAAAUGCCAAUAUACAAGAUAAAACUAUCUCAGCUGUAAGUAAAGAGGUAUUAAAAACUAAACUUGAUAUUUCAUUUCAAAUUGAAGGCACCGAAGCCAAUGAUAUUGAGUUUGAAACAGUCCUUGAUAAAGUUCUCAAGACUUAA